AUAUGCUAAGCACCUAUUUGAGCGAUUUUUGUGAGCACUUAUUCUUAUCUCAUUUAAUUCCUUUUUUUAUUAUAUUAUAUUUCCUUUUACUAAUUACAACUAUAUCUCUAUAUUUGAUAUGCAUAUAAUACUCCCCGUCUACUUCUUUUCUCUAUCGACAUCCCGCCGCCGCAUCAUAAUUCUCUCUCACAAUAUUGCCUCUCUUCAUCUCGUCGGCAAUCGCGACUCAUAAGUUGUGAAUCGAGGUCCCAAAAAUCAGCGGGCCGACCCCCUCACUCCUCACCUUCACCCGCAACAACGAAGCUUGACGUUGGAGAUUUCUCUUCGAAGGCCCUGUUCUGCAGCCAAUGGGAGAAAGUAUCAAUGAUGAUGAGUUAUAUAUUCCUCAAGUUGCGGAAGAUAGAAUGCCAAAAGCGGGAAUGAAAUUUUUAUCAGUGGAAGCGGCAUUUUCAUUCUACAACCAAUAUGCACGAGAAGCGGGCUUUAGUGCUAGAAUAAGCAAUAGUAAGAAGAACAAGGUGACAAAUGAAAUUUAUUGGAAACAAAUUGUUUGCUUCAAAGAAGGUCACACAGAUCAGUCGCGUUCUAAUAAAAGAGAGGUAAAUGGUCAGCCAAAAACGGUAAGAGCUCGUGGAGAAGUUAGAACUAAUUGCAAGGCAAAAAUUUCUCUUAUCAAACAGCAAACUGGAUCUGAUUGGAUUAUCAACAAUUUCGUGGAAGCUCAUAAUCAUGCACUUUGUAGUCCUUCAAAAGUGCAUUUGCUACGCUCUCAUCGCAGUGUUUCUCUUGCAAAGAGAGCAUUAACUCAACAAUUUUCAGAAGCCAAUGUACCAACCUGUCAGCAAAUGCGAUUAUUAGAGAUAGAGUAUGGAGGACCUGAAUAUGUAGGUUGCACAGAAAGGGAUAUUAGAAACAUUGAGCAAGAGUUACGAGAUGAACAAAAGGGAGUUGAUGCCGAAACCUUGCUUGAGUUCUUUGCAUCUGAAAAAGAUAAGAAUCCAACAUUUUUCUUUGACUAUGAGACUGAUUCAAAUAAGAAGUUUAUGAGGUGUUUCUGGGCAGAUCCUAAAUCAAGGAGGCAAUAUAGUGUAUUUGGUGAUGUGGUUGUCUUUGAUUCCACAUAUAAUACCAAUAAAUACGGGAUGAUUUUUGCGCCGUUUGUAGGAGUUAAUCAUCAUCACCAAACAAUUGUUUUUGGUUGUGGAUUUUUAAGUGACGAGAAGACAGAAUCUUUCAUUUGGUUGCUUAAUAAGUGGAUGGAAGCUAUGCCAACAGGUGCUCCAAAAGUAAUAAUCACCGAUCAGGAUCCUGCUAUGACAAAAGCAAUUGCACAAGUUCUGCCGUUCACUGUUCAUCGAUAUUGCUUGUGGCACAUCUUGAACAAAUUCCCUGACAAAGUUUCUCCAGUCACUUUACGAGAUCAUUAUCAAAGCAUAAAGAAGGUUAUAAUGAAUUCUACCUCUCCCGAUGAAUUCGAGCAAUCUUGGAAAGAUGUGAUCAAAUGUGCUAAUUUGGAGCUAAAUGAUUGGAUAUCAUUGAUGUAUGGUUCUAACAAUGUGUGGUCUAAAUGUAGUUGCUCCUAAUUAUGAGGGAAGUUGAGGCUAAGAAUUUUGUCUGAGUUUGAGCUUGUAACUGCUUGAAAGAGAUUAAGGCCACCGAUUUAUUUUUUCUACUGGAUAGACAUUUUUUUUUCUGAUUCUUAUUCUCUGAGAUAGAGAGACACACUGAUCUACUACAUAAGAACUCGAAGAGAUGCUUUGUUACUGAUGACAAUUGUUGGUGGUCCAGUUAUUCAUGAUUGUUGGAUGAAUUUAUACUUUCUUUAUGUUCUAGUUCAUUGUAUUGAAUCUCACUAGUUUAUGGGAUGAUCACCGACUAGUAUAUGUUUCUACUUGUUGUAUGUGCUUUCUUUAUGUUUGAGAAUAAGUGUCUCACCUCUAACAAAUGUAUUAAUGUGGAUGCUACUUGUAGCUGGUAUACAUUAGACGUGCUGCACUAAACAUGAAACUUUGUUGUUGGAGAGUAAUCCUCUAUUUUGAAAAGGGCUUUGAUACAGAAUAUUUUAGGUAUUUAGUAGGAUUUGGUUUUCUUUUCAUAUCACCCAUCUGUAUACAUAUGAAAGAAAGUGAAUGAUUUCAUACUUGUUACAUUUGUAUUGAACUUGAGAACAAUCUGUAUAGCUAUAACUUUUACCAUAUUUGUAUUGAUGAAUACCACUAGUUCAUCGUAUUAAGUAAUAAUACGAAGCAACAGCACACAUUUUCAAAUAGCAGAUGACUUUAUUUUAGCAAAUAUCAUAAAUCAGACACCAUAAGUUUCAAAAAAUUUAACCAUAAAGCAUAUAAGCAAUUGUUCUUAAAAAACAAAACAACUAUAAAGUGAAGGGCACCAAGCAGCGAGUCAAAGUUAGUGCACAUAAUCUUGGAACUUCAGAUCAAUCUAUUAGCCCAUCAAAUU